AUGCGAGGCUCGGUUUAUACAGAUCCCUCAUGCGAGGCUCGGUUUAUACGGAUCCCUCGUGCGAGGCUCGGUUUAUACAGAUCCCUUGUGCGAGGCUCGGUUUAUACAGAUCCCUUGUGCGAGGCUCGGUUUAUACGGAUCCCUCGUGCAAGGCUCAGUUUAUACGGAUCCCUCGUGCGAGGCUCAGUUUAUACAGAUCUCUUGUGCGAGGCUCGGUUUAUACGGAUCCCUCGUGCAAGGCUCAGUUUAUACGGAUCCCUCGUGCGAGGCUCAGUUUAUACGGAUCCCUCGUGCGAGGCUCGGUUUAUACGGAUCCCUUAG